AUGCCGCAAACCAUCACCAACGAAAACGACUACAGACUAACCCGGUCCAAGGGCUUGGUGCCUGUGCCUUCCGUGGACGACGACGCUGCCAGCGACGCUGCCUCCGCCAGCGUGCCCCCAGUGCCUGCCCGCCAGUACUUGGGCGACGUCUCCAACCAGUACGGAGCAGCUGGCGCCAAACAGGCCCCCAAAAGACGUCCGUUGGGAGGCGACCACGCUCCGUUACAGCAGCGCACAAACGCCCUCCCCAACCUGCAACAACACCCCCAACAACCCUCCCUAGCAUCCGACGACAAGCCCACCUCGCACACGUCCUCCGACUCCGACCCUCCCCCAGCAUCCAAACUCCAACCCUCUGCAUUGGCCGUGCCCUCGCGAUUGCCCCAGAAGAGACAGGCCACCGAGUCGUCCACCAACUUGGUGGAAAAGCUCCACUCGUCGUCCACCACCACCCACAAGAAAUCGCGUCUCAUCGACUACGAAUGGCAGGACCUCGACGAGGAGGACUUGGACGACCCGUUGAUGGCCAGUGAGUACGUCUCUGACAUCUUCCACUACUUCUACGAGUUGGAACUGCGCAUGUUGCCCGACUCCCAGUAUCUCUACAAGCAGAAGCACCUCAAGCCCAAGAUGCGGUCCAUUUUGGUGGACUGGCUCGUCGAAAUGCACUUGCGCUUCCGGUUGUUGCCGGAAAGCUUGUUUUUGGCCAUCAACUUGAUGGACAGAUUCAUGUCCUUGGAGGUGGUCCAGAUCGACAAGCUCCAGUUGUUGGCCACCGGAUCUUUAUUCAUCGCCGCCAAAUACGAGGAGGUGUUCUCCCCCUCGGUCAAAAACUACGCAUAUUUCACAGACGGCUCAUACACCGAGGAAGAGAUUCUCCAAGCCGAAAAGUACAUUCUCACUAUCCUUAAUUUCGAUCUUAAUUACCCCAAUCCGAUGAACUUCUUGAGAAGAAUCUCCAAGGCCGAUGACUACGACGUCCAGUCCAGAACCUUGGGUAAAUACUUGUUGGAAAUAACAGCUAUAGAUUACAGGUUCAUUGGUCUCAAGCCCUCGUUAUGCUGUGCUUCGGCCAUGUACUUGGCAAGAUUAAUAUUGGGAAAGUCUCCCGUGUGGAAUGGUAACUUGAUACACUAUUCAGGCGGAUACCGCGUCAAUGAUAUGAAGGUGUGUGCGGAGUUGAUUUUCCAAUACUUAAUAUCGCCCGUCGAACACGACGAGUUUUUCAAGAAAUAUGCCACAAGAAAGUUCAUGAAAGCUAGUAUUUUAUGUCGUAGCUGGGCAAAGAAAUUCCAUUCCGAGGGCAAGGACUUAUUUGAUGAGAGGUUAUCCACACACAGAAUCACCCUCGAGGAACCAGUUUCCAAAGAGUAA